UUGUUCUGGCAACCAACAUUGCGGAAACAUCGCUCACCAUUGACGGCAUCAUUUACGUCAUCGACACGGGCUUUUGCAAGCAGAAGUUUUACAGUGCUCGCGCCGGCAUUGAAUCUCUUAUCGUCGUGCCAAUCUCCAGAGCCGCGGCUGACCAACGGGCCGGAAGAGCGGGUCGUGUUGCCGCGGGCAAGUGCUUCCGCCUCUACACCUCCCAUGCCUACCACACUGAACUGGAGGCCCAGCCCGUGCCGGAAAUCCAACGCACCAACUUGGGCAACGUCGUACUCCUUCUCAAAUCCCUUGGCAUCGACGACCUCCUGCAUUUUGACUACAUGGAUCCACCUCCACAUGAUGCCCUUGUCAUGGCACUGGAACAGUUGUACGCCCUUGGUGCUCUCAACCAUAAGGGCGAACUUACCAAGACGGGACGCCGAAUGGCCGAAUUCCCCUGCGACCCUAUGCUUUCCAAAAUGAUUCUAGCUUCAGAAAAGUACCUCUGUUCUGAAGAAGCCAUCACCAUCGCAGCAAUGUUGUCGGUAAACAAUGCUAUUUUCUAUCGUCCAAAAGACAAACUUGUACACGCCGACGCUGCUCGAAAGGCCUUCAACAACAUCACCGGGGAUCAUAUGACUCUUCUCAAUUGGUGCUAUGAACACUUCAUACAACAUCGUACCAUGAAGCGUGCUCGUGACAUUCGCGACCAGUUCGUCAACCUGUUGGAACGGGUUGAAAUUCUGCCAAAAAGCAAUCCUGGCGACCACGUUAGCAUCAGAAAGGCCCUGACUGCAGGCUUCUUCUACCACACUGCCCGCUUCACCGGCAAUGGAUACAAGACUGUGAAACAUAAUCAUACCAUCCACCCGCAUCCUAACUCCGCUCUUGCCGAGGAGCAGCCGCGUUGGGUCAUCUACCACGAGCUUGUCUUCACUACUAAGGAAUUUAUGCGUCAGGUCACGGAGGUGGAGCCGCGUUGGCUCCUGGAGGUGGCUCCGCACUACUACAAAGCGAAGGAGAUUGAGGAAUCUACGCGAAAAAUGCCUAAAGUCAAGGGUGUGUCUAAGGCCGAACUCGAUGCCCGUGAGGGUUGA